AUGAUCUACAAAUCCAACUACGAACUUCAUUCCCGAGAGUCUUUCGACAGUAGACGCUCACCUCCACCGGAGGAACUUCUCUCCCCCUUGGCAACGCUCUACCCGCAUGUCGCAGCUCUGCAACCGCAGUACGACCCUACCAGCUGCACCUUCACCGGUUACCGCCACACAGGCUAUUGGGCCGCGGCUUAUACUACUCAACCACUCGAUGAACCGACUUUGACUCGCCGACCAAAUGAAAAUCUAUCUUGUCGGUUCGUUUCCAAACUACGUCGCUUUCAAUUCAAACGUCGGCUGCUCAGCCGGGACGAUUUUAAACAUCGUCGACGAUCCCAGGCGACUGCAUACACCGCCUGA